UCGGGCUGUCGUUACUUGUGCGGGACUUGAGGGGUCGGUUCGGUGACGAGGAGCGGUCAUGGCACGCACUCCAACCCGGCCCGGCAGUCCACCUCUCUGGACAGCACAGCGCUACCUCGUACUUCCCCCGUUGGAACCGAGAAGACUGCUCGCUAGGUAGCAAGACGACCCGGAGUCGAGAUUGCGGUUUCACCGGCCGGGUUGCCAUGUGCAAAGUACCGUGAACAUGGCUCGAAGUCACCACCUCGAAUUUCGGGACAAGGCUCGGGCAUGGAGAGCAAUUGCAGCCAGCGGAAGCAGCCUGGAUCUGUGUAAUACAACAGCACGGAUAGGUCAAAACCCGAUUCGGCCGAGUGCGAAGCAAGCAGAGACAAGGCAAGCUGCAUCCGAUCGAUUGUCCUCCCGUUCCGGGAUUUCUUCGAGACACGAUGCUGCAUGUAGGAAAGAGCGUGUAUCUUUGACGCAGAGGUCUUUAAUCGAAUUUUCCGAAUUAUGGGGCUUUUUACUGAAUUUUAUUUUAUUUAUUCUUUUUUUUCUUUUCUCUUUUCUUCCGUUCCUUUGCACUCCGGUCAUGCCCGCAACCCCUGAGGGCAACCUACAACGGCGAAGCAGAGAUCUCAUGUGCAGCGGAACACCACUUCGUCAAUCCUCCAAACCACACGGAUGCGCCUCUGACACGCAAGCUGCGGCCAUUAAUUUGCACCCGAGCCACACCGCUGACUCGUUGACCUUGUCCCGGCAGUUGGCACCUCACGGCGCAGCUAUUGGGUGUCGAAUCGGAUUGCUUGGCUGUUAACUCCCUUUCUGAGUAUGGUCAUCAGAACUUUGAUGAUAUUGCUUCCGCCCAGCUUCGAUGGUAGUACACGAUGGUCUGCUUCGACAGCAUCCGGGCCAUUCAGGACGGUUUGGCGAUGAUGAACUGAACCAACAAUAGCUAGGCAGUCCAGUUAUACGGCCUACGGUGCCAUCUGACCCUUAUCCC